AUGACGUGGUGGAGGAUAAAAACUAUCUUUAAUAAAGUUCGUGAUGAAUUUCCAGGAUACAUUAGUCAUUUUAGAGGUAAGCGAAUUGAUAAAUAUGCAGGAAUUGUAGAUGAUCGUGAUUUUUCAGAGAUUAUUUACGAAACCUUAAGUGAACUUUUUCCUUUAAAAACUCAAAUACUUUUAAGGGCAAAGUUAUGGAAGCUCAUUCAAACCGAGUUAAAAAAGGUUAUGCAUGAGUUAAACAUAUCAGACGCUGAUUUUCAUGAGAAUAUAACAUCUAAUACAUCAUUAGUUGAUGUUGUAUUGUCUAAAGAAGACAUAUAUCAGAACAAUAAUCAGACUUGUUCUCAAAGUGUUGAUGCAGAAAUGAGAACUAAUGGCGUAACAUCAAAAAGACUUAUUAAAGAUGUUGAUGAUGACAAUAACAAUGAUAUUGACAUGAAUAAUAAUGCUAUACUUGACAAGAAUAAGAUUACAUUGUUCAACAAGUUAAGGAAAAGGUUUUAUAAUGAAAAACCAAUACAAAAUAAACGGAUUAAAAGUUUGAUAAAAACAACACUGAAAAAUGGAGGUGAAACUGAUGUUGAUUUUUCAUCAAGUCAGAGUGUGAGUGAAUUAAGUUCAUCACCACCUGUCAAAAAGCCAUGUAAUGAAACUCCUAUUGACAAACCAUCCAUAUUUUCAUUGUUGUCAGAAAAAAACACUGAUGAAAUGGUUUUACAACUUGAUGCUGUACUUCAACAAGAAUGGUGUAAAAAAAAAAUAUUGACAUGAAUAUAGUUGCAUCAUGCCUGGAUGCUACAUUUACUCAAAGAAGGACUUGGGUAAACAAAUGUCCAGUUGACAGAAUUGCUAGAAUUACAACAGUUUUUGAGAAAUAUCCAUGUUUCUCUAAUGUGACUGUCAUUGUUGGCGAAGUAGCUCGUUUAUUAAAGUCUGCUGUCACAGUUGACUCAGCGAGAGUCAGCUUAGCUGAAGAAAUUGACAUGCUUUUAUUUUACGGAAUACACAAGUUAGUAGUUCCUCUACCACCGCCACCCAAAGCAAAUAUAGAUACUAAAGUUAAGCACUUAAUGAAGUACUUACUGCAGUUAUUUCCCGUUGAAAAUUCUAA